AUGAGCGAGUUUUUGCAUUAUAAAGGCAGAGAUAUUGAUCAAUCUGCUUUCUUGAUGCGAUCAGCUGAAUCCCAGGGAGAAGGCGCAGUUAAUGUGAAUCCAUCUGACAAGAAUAGAGAAACGGAUCAUAGUGAUAAAGAGGCUUAUUACCACAUCGUAAAUGCAGAAGAGAUGAUUGAUCCAGUAGCUAUUAGGAAAAAAAGUUUGACAGAUUUGGCGGUUGCUAACCACCAUGUCGGUGCUCAUCUCAAAUGUAUACGUCCAACCGAUGAUAUAUUCAACCCGGAAGAUCCAAAGAUACGCGAGGACAUUAUUCGUAUGAUCAUCCAAUAUUUAUCUGAUGAAGGAUACACUGCUGCAAGAACCAUCGUUUACGACGAAGCUAAUGUCAAAUGGCAUGAAAGAGAAGAACGUGUCGUUGAAGCAAAGAGAUUAAAGAAAGCAAUAUUGGACGGUGACUGGACAGAAGUGGAUAAACUAUGUGCUAAACCUCUUCUCAGGAACCAUAAAAGUUUUUUGUACGCUGUAUACAAGCAACAGUAUCUUGAAUACAUUGAACAUCAAGAGAUGCAAAAG